ACUGCUCCCAUUAAAGCUACUCCCGUCGCCGCUCCUGCGCCACCUCCGGAAAAUCAUACUCAUUAUGAUCUCACAUUCGAUUCAUAUGAGUUCGAUGAGCAAGCGAACGACUGGUCACAGUCCUUUUCGAUGGGGAGCUCAGAUGCGUAUGAUUUAAUGGCCAAUCUAGAUAGCUUCAAUGGCGGCUCCGGCACGUCUAUGGCGAGUUUAGGUUACCCAGGAGGGCAAAUGAUCACUACAGAAAUUCCAUCUGCAACAUUCGAACCAGAUAGAGCCAUUCACGUCGCGGAUCCUCCACCAGAUAUUGUGCCAUAUAUGGGCAACGGUGCUUAUACGCUAGCUGGCCAGAUCUACUGGGCAGCACUGGCCUUUGGCUUUCAAGCACUGAGAGCUAUAGUAUCAUCGGCGACGCCUCCACCAGUAGCUGUGAAUGUCGUCAUCCACCAGUGGUCUCUUACCUCGAUGCGUCUAUCCCUUCCUCAGAUAAUGCGCGUGAUGCACGCGCGACUGACCUUCCGGCGCUACGGAUACUUCUAUUUCGCCAACGAUCAAUACGCGGAAGAAUUAAAGAGUUACCUUGACCCGAUUCUGGUAGAGCGCCUCAGCGCCACGUUACGCAAAGAUGUUAAGAAGAUAGGCAUUAAUAAGUCCGACUUCCUGACGCCACUGGAUUUCGAGAAGGAGCUGCGGGAGCGCUUCCGUGACGAAUAUCCCGUAUUCGAAGCCGCACUUAGAGGCCAGGCUUUCGACGAGGAGCAUGUUGCUUGCAUGCGGAAACUGAUCCAGCUGAUGUCACGUCAGGCCAUCUGUUUCGGAGACGGCCCGAGAUGGAGACCGGAGUCUGUCGAUACGCUUGUACACGGUUGGACGAUGAGUACAAAAAAGGGGUUCGCGGUGCAUUGAUUUAUCUAGUGGAAAAUCUAGAGGAUUAACUUGGAUUAGCUGGGCAUCUUUGUGUAAGAGAUCUCUACUAAUAUGAAAUGGGUGGAAAUUUUGAGCAUAGCACACAGCAUCUUACGUUGUCAACAAACUGUAUAAUUAAGACCUCCUUGCCCACCUCUUAUAUAAGUUAUACAUGAGCUAAGUUAAUAUACGACAAAUUCGCUCG